ACUGUACUAUUGACAAAUCUUCAUCCUUCACACGAAUAUACUACACCCCUUCUCCUGGACCGAAUUCAUAGCAUUCGCCUGUAUCCACAAUGAAAUUGUCGCCACCUCCCGACCCUCGGAAUCUCCUCCCGUCCCGGGCUCACCCAGAGCAACGCAAGCACCGGAAACAGCUUGAGAAACAGCAUCCAUUUGGAUUCACAGAGAUUGCCACGCUUGGCCUGAUCGGACUGACGCUAGCGUGGGACAUAGACAAGCAAGUACAGAAGUGUGCAGAGAAGAAGGGCAAAGAACACGACGAACGAGACCGUCACCAGCGUGACAAGGCAUAUCAUGACAGAACACCGGAACCCCGCCGAGAUCAUAGGGGUUCUGAGAGCGGUCAAUCAAGCAGAAGGGGCGACUGGGGUGCACCAGAGCGCUGUGCUUAUGAUCCAAGACGUCGUCAGUCCGCAGGUUAUCGUGACGAUGCAAGACGCGAUGACGAAUACCGUGGUUAUAGGCCGCGAUAUGAUCCUCGAGAUGAUUAUCGAUGCGAGAGGCAAUACGAGGACCCGAGAGGUUCUGAUUCAGCUAGUCGACGAAGAAUUCGUCGCGAUUCGUGGUAAUAGUCGGCUGUCUAUACGACUCUACACGUGAAAUCACAGAACCAUUUCACCACACAUCAUUUUUAAGACUUGUUUACAAACGGAAACGAAAAAGAGUUAGCAUGGAGUAUUGAUGGAUAUAUGGGAAACAUGAACUUGCAACAUUUGGCCAUCUAUGGACUUCAGGAUUCAGCAAGGGUGGUACGAUACACGAUUAUAUGCAUUGGAAUAAAAAGGGAAACACGAAAAUCAUGAUUUAUGAGGGGAAAUCAUUUGCAUAUCUACUACACAGUGGUUAGCAGAUAACAUAACGAAUACCAUAAAAAAGCAUAAGAGUAGAAAAUAAAGAUCUAUCUAA